UCGACUCUUUCAAGAUUUUUUUAGAUAUGUAAAAAUUCAUUCAGCUUGGGUUAAAAAAUGUCUGAAUUUAAUCAUUAAUUAGAUUAUCAAAAUCUCAAAGCUUUAAAUUUUUUUUUUUAAUAAAGGGAUAGGAGAAGGAUUUGAGUUUUAACUUAAUGUAUUUUCUUAAGAAAAAAAUGAACGAAGAAUAAAAAUAAUCGUUAAGUUCGAAACAUAAUUUAAAUAUAUAUGAAUUAUUUUCCUAUCCGUGGAAAGUAAAGCUUCCUCACGCGAGUUUUUUCACAUGCCCUCGCUAUAAGUAGGAAGGCCCUCGCUGCUACCUUAACAUCAACACUCCCUCAAUUCUCAACCUUCCGUCUCAGGCCUUUUCUCUGUCACAGUCCCUCAAUUCUCACUCUGUUCUGAAACAUGGGAAGAAAACGGCAAUCAUCAGGUUCCCAACAACCAGAACCAAAAAGAAAAGACCUUAUCAAGACGAAAUCUGUCCGGCAAGGAAAAAAAUUCUCAAAGAUAGAGUUGACAGACGGAUAAAGAAGGACAAUAUGGCAGACAUGGUAUCUUUUGCAUGUUUAAUGAUCUGUGCGAUGGCCAACAAAAUCUUUUUCCCCUAUCCACUAUUAGUCGCCUUCCACAAACAAAUCAAAAGGAAAUGGCCAGUGCGUUCUGACGUCCAAAGCAUAAGGGGAAAGAUAGGGGCAAUCAAGGAUGCUGACAGGAUGGAAGAAACACAAAAUAUGAGGAAAUUGAUAAAAAUAGAAGAGGACCUUGGAAAGUUGAAUGAACAACGGCUAGGGGUCAACCAAAACAAAAGGCAAUGCUCAAAGGGGUUUGACCUAAUGGAAAGGAUAAAGGAAAUCCAGGACGUUGCACCUAUGGAGGUACCAGAUAAGAUGCAGACAUUUAUAGAUAUAGGAGAGGAGAUUAGAAGGUUAGGUGAACCAGGGCUAGAGGUAUACCGAAUCAAAAGGCAAUUCCCAGAGCGGUUGGUCCUUGAAAACUUGGAGGAAGACAUGGAAGAAAUGCAGGACACUACUGAAGCACGGAGGGAAGAAACAGAGGAGAAAGAAAAGAGAUUCGAAGAUGUGAGAAAGGAGAUGCAAAGGUUACGCCGCCAAUUAGAGGAGAUGGAAAAGAAAUUAGAAGAUACGAGAAAGGAGAAUCAAAGGUUGUUACACCGCCCAUUAGAGGAGAUGAAAAAGAAAUUAGAAGAUAUGAGAAAGGAGAAUCAAAGGUUAAAGAAGAGUUAGGCCACCGAUCAGAGGAGAUGGAAAAGACAUUACAAGAUUUGAGAAAGGAGAAUCAAAUGUUAAAAGCAGAGCGGCGAAAGGGUUUUCAUGAUUCGACAGAAGUAAACCGGUUAAUAGAAACCUUAUUCCUGAG